GUGUCCCGUCUUUUCCCUUCCAGGUGUUUGUGUGUCCGCUGAGGUUUUAAAAUGGAGUCCACUCACCUCCUGAGCGGCUCCAAGAAGAGAGUCAAGAUCCACCCUCACACUGUAACGGCCAAAUAUGCCACGCAAACCCCCUACUCCCCCCAGCCUGGAGUGCACACACACUUCCCCCAGCCGGGGGACGAAGGCUACGACGAUGCGCCAUCCUUCGAGGACUUUGGCUCCUUCCUAGAGGAGACAUCGGACAGGAAAAACCUGACGGAGACCAAGAAGUGGCCUUUGACUCUGUUUGGCUCCAAAGACAAGGACAAGGACUCAACCAACAGACCUCAGGCUGCUGGGGGACUAGAAAUGAGCGAAGGGGGAGUAAGAGGAGCAAAGGGGUCUGGGAAGGGAGUUGGGGAACAGCUCGCAAGUUUCGGGGAGGCGUCGGUGUCUGCGUCUCGGCUGACGUGGGUUGGCUUGCUCGGCGCGGCAUUGGCCCAUGGGUGCUUGAUCGUUUUGACCCGCCUUGCCUCUGAACGCUUCAGCCUGGGCCCCCUGUUCCUGCUCAUGGUUCGGUCCAUCGUGCAGCUCGGCUCCUUGGCCGUGCCCCUGCACAGGGGGGAGAAUCCUUUCGGACCAGAUGGCUAUCGUAUACGUCUGCUCUGUUACGGCUUGGCCUACUCUCUCUCCCUCUGUUGUGCCUACUCAUCUCUGAGCUUCGUCUCUUCCGGGGACGGCACAACGACCUGGCGCCUGGCAACCACGGCGCUGUCGGCCGUCUUGGCCUUCCUGCUCCUGGAGGAGAGGCUGGGAUUGGCCGAUGGGAUCACCAUCGCCGCAGGACUUUGCGGUUUGGGGCUGGUGCUGCUUCCCACAGCAGACGAAAGCAAUUCAGAUUCACUGACUGAUCCCGUCGUGUUCUGGAGGGGCGCUUUCGGGUGGUCGCUCUCCGCUCUUGCAGGGCUGUGGAUGGCUCUGGCACUAGUUGGGUAUCGCUCCCUGAAGGAGAGGGUAGGAGUGGGCACAGCUUUAUUCACGGUCAGUUGGACCGGCUGCCUGCUCGCCCCAGCCUCCUUGAUUCUUCUUCAGGAGGGCUGGUCCUGGCCAGUGAGCGCACCAGCUUGGGGCCUUGUCCUGGGCCUGGUCGCCUGCUCGGUAGCAGCCUUUCUGGGGAUGAUGCACGCCCUCACCCGGCUCCACCCGGCUCUGGUCUCGGCCUCCCAGAGCUUGGAAAUACCCGUCGCCUUGCUGCUGCAUCUGGCCGUGCUGCCAUUGGCUCCCACUGCACCCGAGGUCGUCGGGAACGUGAUGGUCAUACUGAGCGUGGGCUGGCUGGUGGCGAUGAAGCUGCUUCCCUCUCGUGGGGCAGGACGCCGCCCAAGGGAGGAGUAUGAGGAGAUUUUGGACUCGCCGAUCAAAUAGACUUCUCUUCUCUUUACACCUCCCCCUGUCCUCCUCUUCUUUCCUUCACUCCCUCCUUCAUGAGAUUGUUUCCAGUGUACAUAAGAGACUGCUAAAUGUUUAUCGAAGCCUGAUCUAUUUUGUAUUGUCCUCUUUGCUUUUGGGAAAGUGCCAAUAAUGUGUUGUGUGUUAUGUGAUAUUGUAAUGUGACAUUAAAAUCUCUGUGACGAA